ACCCAACAUUAACAACUUCCGCUUCGACUACAACAACAUCUCUCAGUCACUCGUUUCCCUCGUACGUUCUUCGUCCAUCCACCUCUCGUUAAAGAGGCUUAACAUCCGGUCAUCAGCCUGCGACAAUUUUUAUUCCCCGCCGACCGAUCGAUCGAUUUCCUUGUUUCAGAGCUUCUUCAUCCCCUGCGUCUCACCUGCGCCGUUGAUUUCGUCAGCCUCCAGCGUGUCCACCAAGGGUAUCGGCUAGUUGACUUUAUUUCAUCGCAUUGCCUGUUAGAAAUGGCCUUCGUCGGCUAAACAUCAACUAACGGACAAUCAACCGACGAUACCCCGUGGUGGGAUUUACCUUAGAAGACUUCGACUUCCAGGCUAUGGAGGCUUGACGUCUCUAGCCUUCAUUUGCACAUAUACCACACUCGUUAUUACCGCUGUAGACCGGCGACGAACCAUUUACUCAAGUUACGACCUUGCCUUCUUUGAUUUUGUUGUUUGCUUUAAUUGAUACCUUUUCACGAUGAGUUCUACAAACGUCCUCCGAGACUUCUCCUCACACCUCACCUUCCGUAGCUGCGUUACAUGCGACACAGAACCUGUGUGCAACUGUGCCGCCGGUGAGUCUUGUAUCGAAUCGAGCCGAACGUGUACGGCAUGUCCAACGACGACCUGUAUGCCAGCAGCAUCCACCUCAGCACCCUCAUCUACUUCAUCUAGUGGCGGCUCAAACGCCGGAGCUAUUGCAGGAGGGGUCAUUGGAGGUAUCGCUUGCGUCGCCAUCGUCGUGUUUCUGAUAUGGUGGUUUGUGAUUCGAAAGAGACGCCAGGCACAAGCUGCUGCUCAGCCUGCCGAGAAUUCGGUUCGGCAUGAACGCAGCAGAUCUAUGCAAUCGAUCGCUUCGACAGUUCUUACUCGGGCUUCGAAUGUCAUUCAAAUCGCGUACAUUCCUGGUGUCACCAAUCGCUCGUCCCCGGAAACCCCGGGAACUCUGGUUCCUCCCGUCCCUGCUAUUCCAAGCACACACGUUUCUACAUACAGCGGCGAUCAAUAUCUCUUUACACCACGCGAUCUCCGAGAUUCGCGUUACACUGCCACCAGUGAUCGCCGCAGUAUUGCUACUAGUCUGGCACGAAGCAGUGUUGCUACUACGAUCUACAGACACGAUGCCAUUGUCAGUCCAGUUCCCGCUCAGCAGGUUCGCGCUGCCAAAGCCGCCGUGGUCAGCGUUAAGACGGGAAACAAUACACCCAGUGAUUCGCUUUCGUUGCGUACCGUCGACGCACCCGCCGUGCCAGCCAUUACAGAAGCUCAGCUACAGAAAGCUGGCAAGAUAAAACCACAGCUCAGUUCCAUUGUUGCUCGUUCGGUUGUCGCUCGCCCAGUCAACGUCAAGGGACCGGGAUCAAAGACGAAGGUGCCUACAGUCUCAGAAGAAGAAACUCAUUCGGAUGACUCAGAAUCCGCGGCAUCACACUCGCGAGCCAAACAGCUGAGCAAUCAGAACUCGACAUUCGAUGACUCGUCUGAUGACAGUGAUGAUGACGAAGUCAAUGAAAAGGGACACUCCAACCCAGCAGCAGACAAUAUACAGAUUGCGUUAUCGUCGCCUCAAAAUGAAGGUCCAUUCUCGGAUUCCCAUGUAGCAGGAACUCCAAGAGUAACUGUGAGCACCGCCACCAGUAUCGCGCCAUCAGCAGCGACUGAGGCCGUGUCUACCUCUCGUGCCAGCAUGGACAGCAACAAUGGCUCAUCACAUCGACAAAGAACCAGCAUAGGUUCGGCUCAAAUGUUGGAUAACGCCAUUGCUCAUGAUGCUGCUACACACCGGUCAUCGAGUCCGUUUGACGACCAACACGAAAUCAAAUAAUUGAUAUCCACAUCAGACAUAUCUCUCUUUUAUACCAUCUUCUUGUACGUAGUAUUUAUUACAUUUGCCUUUCGUCAUGCAGGCGGCUCAUUGUUUUACGAGUUGGCUUUGAACUCUAUGAGAGUCUUAAACAUAUCUUCAAUAUUAUUUAUGACAAUUCAUUCAUUCUC